AUGGCUGAUCUGUCCUUUGAAUCGAUUGGCUUCGCAGGCGAUGCUCCUGCCCCGCAGCCGUCCCCUCCUCCUCAGCAGGAUCGUGCCAAGAAUACUUUUCUGAUUCUUGGCUAUGUUUUUACAGCAGUUCUCUACUUUUCACAGGGUCCAACUGUUUGGGGCAUAUGGGUGGCGCGGCAAGUGGGGCAGUCCAAGGUGGAUAUGUUUGUGGUUACACUUGCUAGCUGCGUCGUUUGGAUGAUGUACGGGCUAGCCGAUCCUCCCACACCCCCAUUUGUGAUUCUCAACGCUGUUGGCAUUGGAUUUGAGCUUCUGUACCUUGGAUUGUUCUUUUGCUUCUUCGAACCCCGGGGCCGAAUGAGUAUUGCUAUUUGCCUGGCGGCGAUCGCUGGAGCUUCUGCCAUAGUAGCUCCUCCUGUUUUUUCAGUUUCACCGGAUCCACAGCUUGUCUUUGGCAUCAUUGGGGAUAUCUCCGUGUGGCGGGAGAACAACGUAGGGAACAUGUCUCUGCUGGUGGCCGUGGCUUUGUUCCUCAACGGCGUCUCCUGGACGGCGUAUGGUCACUUGGCUGACAACCUAUACUUCAUAGUGCCGGGCUACUUUGGUAUCUUUUUUGGAGCAAUGCAGAUAAUAGUGUGGGUUUUAGUGAGGUUCAUUUACCAUGGUUGA